UUCUGGGUUGUGCGCUAGAGAGAAAAGCGCAGGGCGCGCUAGGAGAAGAAAAAACUCACAGCAUGCUGGCGGAACGGGGUCACGAACUAUGACCUUUCACAGAAGAAAAACAAAAACAAAUGUUUUUUUAAAAUACAAGACCGUAAAUCUGCUAUCUUUGACACCGGUGGUUGGUUCCUGUUGAAGGUGACCCUGCCUACUGAUUUGAAAGAGGUUUGCUUAUCUCUGCCUUUGACUGUCUUUGGUUGCUCCAGACAUUCUCGGCUAAUGACCUUAAAUCACCAUGACGACCAACAUGGAGGUGCUUGCUCAGCAGAAAGUGGCCUCUGAGCAGGUGGCAGAGAUGCAGUCGUCUCCCGCUGGCUUGUCAGUAACAAGCGUCUCUCCACAGCAUUUCCAGGUCAUCUCCACUGAGCCAUCAGCCACACCACAGCAUAUACAGAUUGUACGGGACCAGCAGACUGGCCAGAGGAUCCAGAUCGUCACGACCAUGGAUCCCUCCAGUGGGCCCAAGCAGCAGUUUGUCCUGGUGGCAUCCGAUGGCUCAGGCUCGGGAAAAGUCAUCCUGACAUGUCCAGAGAACCAAAGCGGCAAACCGCUCAUCUUCACCACAGCAGACAGCCUGGUACCAGGCAGAAUACAGAUUGUAACAGACGCAGCGUCGGUGGAGAGGUUACUGGGUAAUGCUGGAGAGGUUGGCCGUCCGCAGCCUGUAGAGUAUUGCGUUGUGUGCGGCGACAAGGCUUCAGGCCGUCACUACGGGGCCGUAAGCUGUGAGGGCUGUAAAGGCUUCUUCAAGAGGAGCGUGAGGAAGAACCUGACGUACAGUUGCCGUAGCAACCAGGAGUGUGUCGUCAACAAGCACCACCGCAACCGCUGUCAGUUCUGUCGACUGAGGAAAUGCCUGGACAUGGGCAUGAAGAUGGAGUCCGUCCAGAGUGAGAGGAAGCCCGUUGACCUGCCUAGAGAGAGGCCUGCUAACUGUGCCGCGUCCACAGAGAAGAUCUACAUCAGGAAGAACCUGAUGAGCCCGCUCAUCGCCACACCAACCUUCAUUGCAGACAGCGACGGCUCCAGAUCCAGUCUUCUAGACCCAGGGAUGUUGGUGAACAUCCAGCAGCCACUGAUCCAGGCCGAGGGGACACUACUUCUGGCCACAGACCACAAGUCUGAGUCAGGGCAGGGGGACCUGGGGACGCUGGCCAGUGUGGUGACGUCUCUGGCCAACCUGAACGACUCCCUCAGCGAGUCACUGAACAACGGGGAUACCUCAGAUGACCCACAAGAGGAGCAGUCUGCCAUCGAGAUUACACGUGCCUUUGACACCUUGGCCAAAGCCCUGAAUCCCUCCGAGUCGGGAGCGGGGCAGAACCUGGCGGAGGAAGGGGACUGCGUGGGCGGGGCCACCAUCCAGUUAAUCAGCCGAGGCCAGGUGACCCCCCUCAUUGAGGUGGAGGGGCCGUUGCUCACAGACACACACGUUAGCUUCAAGCUGACCAUGCCAAGCCCCAUGCCAGAGUAUCUAAAUGUACACUACAUAUGUGAGUCAGCGUCCCGCCUCCUGUUCCUCUCCAUGCACUGGGCGCGCUCCAUCCCAGCAUUCUCUGCACUCGGUCAGGAGAGCACCACCUGCUUGGUGCGCGCCUGUUGGAACGAGCUGUUCACCCUGGGGCUCGCUCAGUGUGCCCACAUCAUGAGCCUCUCCACAAUCCUGGAAGCCAUCAUCAACCAUCUGCAGAACAGCAUUCAGGACGACAAGGUGUCUGGAGAAAGAGUGAAGCUUGUGAUGGAACACAUCUGGAAGCUGCAGGAGUUCUGCAACAGCAUGGCUAAGAUGGAGACAGACAGCUAUGAGUACGCCUACCUGAAAGCCAUAGUUCUCUUCAGCCCCGACCAUCCAGGCCUGAACAGUUGCAGCCAGAUCGAGAAGUUCCAGGAGAAGGCCCAGAUGGAGCUGCAGGACUACGUGCAGAAGACCUAUCCCGACGACACCUACAGGUUGACCCGCACUCUGAUGCGUCUCCCUGCGCUGCGCCUGAUGAGCUCCAGCGUCACGGAGGAGCUCUUCUUCACGGGCCUCAUCGGCAACGUGCCCAUCGACAGCAUCAUCCCUUACAUCCUUAAGAUGGAGACGGCAGACUACAACACCCAGUUCGCGGGUUCCACCGCGUGACCCGUCCCACUGCGUCGCUAACCACGCCCAAAACCUUUCCGACCCCUCUUGAGACUCCGGCCGAAUACCCCCAAAAGAGAGCUCGCGAUCUGAAUCCCCCAAUCUCUUUCCCUGAAAACACUUAUGGUUUUUGAAACCACUCUCCAAACGAUGCAAAGUCACAGACGGAUCAGAGAGUGUGCCUCUUGGACCGUGUUGCUCUCCAGGUUUGUGAUAAUGCCUAACUAUGGAGUACCCUGGAUGCAUGAGGCUGUGAGUCCGUCUGUAGCCUGGGAUUCUGAGCACUUAUGUUGCCUUUAAGACAACUAAAAACUUGGAUAACGACAUAAGCUUAUUGUUUCUGAACUGGAAUUCUAAUUUUGCUUAAUGCAAUUCAGAAAUGUUGAGGCCCGUAGUUUCAAGUUGUCUUGAACGUAUCAUUAACAUGCAGAGGGGGGAGGAGUCAGGGCUGGCUCAUCUCUCUCUCAUUAGCACUUUAGCAAAACGGCUCCAGUGUGUUGUACAGUAUAUGUUUUAGCUAAAGCCUUUUGAUAUGCUUUUAUCUUAUGCAAGCCUUUCUGUACAUUCAACAAGUAUAUCAAUCCAGUUAUCGCCUGCGUCUUGUUCUAAUCUCGAUAAGCUAUAUUUAACACCUAGCCGACAUUGACUAAUGAAUGAGCGACGCUUGCCUGAAUGUCAUUACAUGGAUACAUUGAGAUGCGAAUUGGUGUAAAGGUUUGUUCUGUUUGGGUACUUUGAACCUUUCACCAUAUCGUACAAUGUAACACAGAAUCACUAUCAUGCUCAUCCAUGCCUCAAGCAUUGUCUGUACCUAGAACCUUUUGGUUGAAGUCAACCUAUUUUCCUAAAUCAGGUACAAUACUUUUCUCAGUCUAAUAGCAGCUAACCUGGAUCCUUAAUCUAUACGAAGGACGGACAAGCCAUUUGAAUACUGAGCCACUCCAUUCAGGAUUAUAUUACGUGUACUCUCCGCUUCACAUAAAACAUCAAAAGUCGUCUUUUGUUUCAAGCGGAACAAGGGAAAAUGUGCAGGUGGUUUUGAUGUUUUUUCAUACAUUUCGUAUUCAAAUGUUUCUUGUUCAUUUCACUGCAAGUGUUUCCCUAAAACUUUCCCUGUGCCUGUCCAUAUGAUGACAGUCUUUCAGGCAUGGACGGACCUAUUUCCAUGUCUCUGCCUAAAGCAAGAUGCACCUUCAUUAUUUGGCCAUGAUAUGUGUGGAAAAUGUAGUUUGUGCAAUCACCACAUUUCUACAGCUCCAGGUUAAAGUAGCCCUUAACCACUCAUGGGAACAGAUUGUCCUGCACCUAGUUAACUAACUUUUAUUAUUAUAAUUUUUAUUAUUAUACUUUUAUUAUUAUAAUAAUAUAUUUAGAGGGGUCCAAAAAGUCAUACACUGUAUCCAUGGUUAGGGGCAAAUUGAUGUCCAUCUAAUUUUUUAGCCCUCAUUUACAAUCAAGCCUUGUGGGACAUGAUGUCCCGUAUUGUUCGGCCUUUUACACAUUACACAAAAGAAGUGACAAGGGUUCGUUUGUGUAGCUCUCCUCAUAGUAUUUUUGUGCGACAGCACUUUCUGCAUGCGUGUGUGGGCUCCUUUACAGUAGCAGACUUACAGUGUUGAUUGAAACAUGUGAACCCCUUCCCUUCCAAUUCUUAGUGUUCCUAAAAUCUUUAUUUAACCAGAACUUAUUUUUAUGUGACAUAAUGGGUUUAUUAAUGCUGCAGCUAUUUAUUAUUUUAGUAAUCGAGUAUUCUGUUGAUUAUUCCAUCGAUUAAUCGAGUAAUCAGAUAAGAAUUACUUUUGCCUUCUUAAAGAGCAAUAAUAAAUGUACAAAAUAGAUUUUUUGAAAAAUCGCUUAAAUUGCAUAUAAUAAUAUUAUCUAUAAAAACGGAACCACGCUAGUGCAUUUAAGUGCCAUAUUAUAUUAGGGGUUUUAAAGUAAACUUUUUUCUGAAAUGCAAAAGCAAAUAAAGAAAUGAAGUAAUUUCAAAUUACUUUAACCUAAAACUAAGGCAUCAAUUUAAAUAAUAAUAAUACAAAGAUUGCUUUAAAGCUUUGUGGCAUUUAAAGGAGGCAAAAAAAGGAGUUCUGUCAAGAUCUUUUCUCCUGGAUGAGGUGUGUGUGUGUGUGUGUCAUAAUAACAAUAUGAAUUGAGCUCAGGCACAAAUUGACUGCAGCAUUUUAUUUUGAGCAAAACUUAAUUUAGGGACAUAAAUAGACAACAUACUGAUUUAUGUUCUUAACUAGCCAUAUAGCCAUAAUUAAGCACAUCCUUCACUAGUCUUCAUCUCAACUAGCAAUUAUAUUGAUGCUAACGUUACCUUGUUUCGGGUCUGUGGACUUGAUGCGUAGAGUGGAUGUUUUUCGUCUGAGAUGUUGAAGCAUUGACGUCGUUCUAUUGUGGUAGGCAAAUUUGGUUUUACAAUAGACAGACUAUACAGAGUUUUCGCCUAACAUGAUCACAAACUUUGGACACUUACUGUCGUUUUCUCUUGCCUGUCUCGUCGCCUCGCUCCUUGCUAUUUUCCACCAUCAAAUCAAGUCUACCUCACGUAUACACAGCGUAACCGCGUUGUAGUUGUUCUAGUUGCAACAGUAAUAAUAAUUUGUGCAAAAGACAGUGUACACCAAGGGUGGGCAAUAUUUGUCACUGGGGGGCCACACUGAAAAUGCCAGAGAGCAUCGUGGGCCAGAUUAAAUUUUUUACCAACAUGCCUAAAAA